AUGACCUCUAUACCAGUCCUAUCUUCACUCAUUAAACUCCUGACCUUGGAUCGAUAUGCUUUGACCCCCGCUCCCCCACCCACUCCCCUCCACCUUCCCCCCUUCCCCACCUUUCUCUUUCCAGAUUUCGGGGUGGACGCGCGUUCUCUCUUCACCCCUGACAGUGUGACAGCCCUCGAAAAGGCCACAGGAGCAGCUGAUCUCAGCAUGAUCAACCCAGUGUUGGUGGAAGCUGCUGUGUCCAACCGCGGGGACCACCGCCCCUUCUACGCCAUCCUGCACCGCAUCGACGUGGGCAUCGUCAUCGACCUCGAGCCCAUCCGCGACGCCGAAAACAUCUUCACCGGCGCCGGCGCCCUCCAGGCGCACAAGCUCGCUGCCAAGGCCAUCGCUAGGCUCCAACGCAUGCCGCCCGGGGACAUGAUCAUGCUGUGCCAGGCUGUCGUGGAGGAGGUGAAAGAAUUAACCGGAUACGACCGGGUCAUGACUUACAAAUUCCAUGAGGAUGAGCAUGGGGAGGUGCUGGCAGAAGCCAGGAAAGAAUCCAUGGAGCCUUACCUCGGUCUCCACUACCCCGCGACUGACAUUCCCCAGGCCAUCCGGUUUCUCUUCAUGAAGAACCGGGUGCGAUGCAUCUGCGAUGCCUACUCCGACGAGGUGAAGGUGGUGAGGGAUGAAGGGAGGCUGAAGCAGCCGGUGACGCUGGCGGGGUCGCAGCUGCGAGCGGCCCAGCGGUGCCACAUUCAGUACAUGCGCAACAUGGGCACCACUGCAUCCAUGACCAUGGCCGUGAUUAUCAACGACGAGGAUGCUCCACAGCAGGCUCCGCAGGGAGCGGCGGGGGCUGCAACUCCCGCGCAGGCGAAUCGGGGGAAGAAGCUGUGGGGGCUGGUGGUGUGCCACCACGAGACGGCCCGGUACCUCCCGUUCCCGCUGCGCCUGGCCUGUGAGUUCCUCAUGCAGGUGUUCUCGCUGCAGGUGAACAUGGAGCUUGAGAUGGCCCGGCAGCAGCGCGAGAAGGAGAUGCUCCGGACGCAGACUCUCCUCUGCGAUCUCCUCAUGCGCGGGGACGCGCCCCUCGGGAUUGUCUCGCAGAACCCGAAUAUUCAGGACUUGGUUAAGUGCGACGGCGCGGCGCUGUACUAUGCUGGGCGGUUCUGGCUACUGGGAACCACUCCCACUGAGAUGCAGAUCUUGGAUAUUAUUGACUGGCUGGAUACUGCGCAUCCCGAUUCGUCCGGUCUGAGCACUGACAGCCUGGCAGAAGCGGGGUAUCCGAGAGCUGAGGAGCUCGGAGAUGGGGUGUGCGGGAUGGCGUGUGCGCGGCUGUACGCUAGGGAUGUCUUGCUGUGGUUCCGGUCGCACGUGCGCAAGGAGGUGCGGUGGGGAGGGGAGAAGCAUGAUAAUAGAGACAAGGAGGAUGAGCGUCCGGAGAGGAUGGCCAUGGGCCCGCGGGCGAGCUUUGCGGCUUUCCUGGAGGUGGUGCGGCAGCGGUCGAUGCCAUGGGAGGACGUGGAGAUGGACGCGGUGCACUCGCUGCAGCUCAUCUUGAGGGGCCAUCUGACGAGCUUCAGUGACAAUGACAUGCGCGACAUGAUGCUCAACCGCAUGCGCGACCAGGAAAUGGAUCGCCUGAGCGCCACAGAGAGUGAGAUGGUGCGAGUGCUGGAGACGGCAACAGCGCCCAUUCUGGCUGUGGACAGGGACGGGUGUGUCACCGGGUGGAACGCCAGGCUGGCGGCGCUGACAGGACUCGCCACAGGGGACGCCCUGGGGAAGCACCUGAUCACGGACCUGGUGGUGGAGAGCAACGUGGACGCUGUUGGGCGCGCGCUGUUCCUCGCCCUGCAAGGUAGGCUCGUUGCUGGCAUGGCGUCUGUGUGCUGUGUGUGUGCCGUGUGCUGUGCCGUAUGCCAUGUGCUUUCCCGUCCCUCCCUUCCCCUCCCUAACUUUCCCUACCUCCCUCUCCCUGCCUUCCCCUCCCUCCCUUCCCCUCCCUACCUUCCCCUACCUCCCCCUCCCUCCCUUCCCCUCCCUACCUUCCCCUACCUCCCCCUCCCUCCCUUCCCCUCCCUACCUUCCCCUACCUCCCCCUCCCUGCCUUGCCCUGCGUCCCCCCUCCCUGUUUUCCACGCUUCUGCACUCCAUGUCUCCCUGCCUUCCCCUCCUCUGCCCCUCCCUCCCAUCCCCUCCCUACCUUCCUCUCUGUUCACCAUCACCAGGCCAGGAGAGCAAGCAGCUGGAGAUCCACCUGCGAGCCAGGAGCGUGAUGCAGUCCUCCAAGGAUUAGACUCAGUCACUGGGGCUUGUGGUUCUCAGCUCCUCUUCUGUCUCACUCUCUCUUCCUUCUCCCCCAUCAUUCCAGGAGAGCAAGCAGCUGGAGAUCCACCUGCGAGCCAGGAGCGUGGUGCAGUCCUCCAGGGACUCUCUCAUCCUCGUCAUGACCGCCCCUCCCCUCUCCGUCUCCCUGCCUUUCCCAUCCCUGCCUGUCCCAUCCCUGCCUUUCCCAUCCCUGCCUUCCCCAUCCCUGCCUUUCCCAUCCCUGCCUUCCCCAUCCCUGCCUUUCCCAUCCCUGCCUUCCCCAUCCCUGCCUUUCCCAUCCCUGCCUUUCCCAUCCCUGCCUUCCCCAUCCCUGCCUUCCCCAUCCCUGCCUUUCCCAUCCCUGCCUUCCCCAUCCCUGCCUUUCCCAUCCCUGCCUUCCCCAUCCCUGCCUUUCCCAUCCCUGCCUUUCCCAUUCCCGCCUUUCCCAUCCCUGCCUUCCCCAUCCCUGCCUUCCCAUCCCUGCCUUCCCCAUCCCUGCCUUUCCCAUCCCUGCCUUCCCCAUCCCUGCCUUUCCCAUCCCUGCCUUUCCCAUCCCUGCCUUCCCCAUCCCUGCCUUCCCCAUCCCUGCCUUUCCCAUCCCUGCCUUUCCCAUCCCUGCCUUUCCCAUCCCUGCCUUCCCCAUCCCUGCCUUUCCCAUCCCUGCCUUCCCCAUCCCUGCCUUUCCCAUCCCUGCCUUUCCCAUCCCUGCCUUUCCCAUCCCUGCCUUCCCCAUCCCUGCCUUUCCCAUCCCUGCCUUCCCCGCCCCUGCCUUCCCCUCCCUCCGUUCCCUCCCUCGCUGCAACUGCAGGCCAGGAGAGCAAGGAGCUGGAGAUCCACCUGCGCACGUGGGGAGUUGUGCAGUCCUCCAAGGACUCGGUCAUCCUCGUUGUCAACGCCUUUGCCAGCCGCGGAACAGCCAUGGGAGGGGAUGAUAUGGAGGAGGUGGUGGGGGUGUGCUUUGUGGGGCAGGACGUGACUGCUCAGAAGGCGGUGCAGGGCAAGUUCACGCGCCUGCAGGGCGAUUAUGAGGCCAUUGUGCAUGGCAACAACUCGCUCAUCCCUCCAAUAUUCUCUACUGAUGAUUUCGGCAACUGCACGGACUGGAACCCGGCUAUGGAGAGGAUCACGGGGGUGCCACGUCAGCAGGCGAUCGACCGGCUGCUGCUGGGCGGCAUUUUCGGCCCCAUCUGCCGCAUGAAGGCAGACACGAUGACGAAGCUGAUGAUUGUGAUCAACAAGGCGCUCUCGGGCCAGAUGACCGACCGCUACCCUCUCGAGUUCCUCGAUGCCCAUGGCCAACUGGUGGAGGCUCUUCUGACAGUGCAGACCCGCCGCGAUUCUGACGGCCAUGUGACGGGCGUGUUCUGCUUCCUGCACACCGUCUCCGCGGAGCUGCAAGCCGCCCUCAACCUGCAGCGCGCCACGCAGGACUUUGCCAAGGAGAAGGCCAAAGCUGUGGCGUACACCAGAGAUGCCAUUCGUGGGCCGCUGGACGGGAUCGAGCACGCGCUGGAGGGGCUGCGGAAGGAGGAGCGGGAGGGGCGGCUGGUUGGGGAGGAGGAGAAGAAUGCAGUGGGUGUGGCGGAGCGGUGCAAGGAGCAGGUGGACAGGAUUCUUGGGGAUGAUGACAUUGACACCAUCGAGGAGGGCUACGUGAACAUCAUCCCAGCGGUGUUCACCAUCGCUUCGGUCAUCGAUGCAGUAAUCGCUCAGGGCAAGCAAGCGGCCUCCCGCCGCGGAGUCUCCCUCUCCUUCGACCCGCCGCCGCAGCUGCGCUCGUUCCCCGGCCUCGCAGGAGACCCUGCUCGCCUGCAGCAGGCCCUGGCUGAGUACCUGACGAGUGCCGUGGCGUUCACGCCGCAAGGCGGGUGGGUGAAGGUGCGCCUGGUUACCAGCACGCGCAGUCUCUUUGGCGACCAGGGCUCCCUCAAAUGCGAGUUCCGAGUGCAACACUCAGGUGCCCUCCCACAGGAGCUGGUGCAGCAGCUGUACGACGAGGCAGACCCCACCACGCGCACGCAGGAGGGGCUGGGCCUCUCGGUGUGCCGCAAGAUCCUGCUGGCCAUGGCAG